AUGCCGAAUCUGGUGCCCAAAGUGAAGAAUUGCUUUUCGAACCCAUGUGUCAAGUCAGCUAUUGUGGAUGAUGCGGAAACCCACUCACGUAGUCAAGUGGCAUCCUCCGCUUCUAAAGGAACGAGACCUCACGCCCGUGAAGCGACGGAAACAAGCCUUCGGCAACAAGUUGCCUCGUCAUCCUCACAGCGUUUCAGUAGUACCACCCAUAGAGCUGAGGAACAGACGUUUGGUGCUCAAGCAUCGUCGUCAUCCUCUCAGGAAGUGAAGAGGCGCCCCCCUAGAUCUAAGGAGCUGAGCCCCAACCAUCCAGCUGCAUCGUCGGCCUCUCCACAGACGCGAGCUCACACCGCUAGGUCGGAAAAAUCAACCUCCAACAAUGCGUUGGCAUCGUCGUCCUCUUUAGACGCGAGAACUCGCGCCUCCAGCUCAAAGGGGUCCAGCUCUAGUAAUUCGGUGGCAUCGUCAUCUUCUCCAGAGGUGAAAACCCGCACACAGGGAUCGAAUGCCUUGAGCACUGACAAUCUGGUGUCAUUUUCGCGGUUCCCGGUCGGCCAGUCUCGGACUCAUGGACCAAAGGACUACAACCCUGCUGAGACUAUUAGGGAAGCGACGACUUCAUACUGGGCUAAGGCGAUAAAGGAAUUGGAAGCGAAGUAUCCCGAGGAACACAAGCGAUUUUUACAGAUCUGUAAGGCCGAAGGGGUCCCAUUGACACGAAAGGAACUUUGCGAGAAAGUCCAAGAACAAGCGCACCAGCUCAAGCAGAAAAAAAAAAGGUUUCCGAAAAGGUCGCCAAUGGCAACCAACGCCAUGAAAGUCCUCGAGAGGACUUUCAUGUCCGGAGCUCGACUAGAGCCUACUGGCGGUGUGGCUGUGGCCUGCGCUGCAGUGUUUACAUUCAUACAAAUCGCCUCCAACAAAGAAGAACAGCAGGACUCUACCUUAACUAUCUUACCGGAGAUCGUUUCAAUCGAUGAGGGAUGGAACGCCUACGAGCAGCGCAGUCUCACAUACGAUCACCAUUUGGGACCCGCAUCGCAAGCACUCCGAAGUAACCUUGUUGAUUUGUAUGUUCAAAUCAUGAUCCUCUUGGGAUCUAUAGCGCAUUAUUGUCAGCAGUCCUUACUCGGUAAGAUUGGCAGAGCCAUCAUCUCCGAGCACGAACAAUGGAACAAGCAGCUGGAUCGUAUCAAAGCAAUCGAUAAGGAAUGCGCAGUCAGAAAGGGUAAUUUCAAGGAAGGAGAGGAUUUUCAGAAGCAGAAUGCACGCCUUCUCCAAUGGAUUUCUACGGUGGACCCGUCAUUUGAACACCAGAACAUCCAAGAUAAGACUAAGGUGGGCACUGUGUACUCACAGUGCGGACGAUGGCUUAUCGAUGGCCCUGAAUAUAAGAAGUGGAGGGAUGGUUCGGGUGGCCAGAAUCCUGAGACACUCUGGCUUCAUGGUACAGGGCCGCAGUCAUUCAAACCUGCACGAGAUUUCCCUGCUUCGCACGCACUUAGUUUGGCACUAUUGCUCGAGAGUCCACAUCGGCGCAGAGAGCUGUAA